GAGGAAGGAGACGCCAUUAGAGGGAGGCAGAGAGGGAUCGUUCUUCGCCUUUCCUCCGGUGCCUGACGUGGUGGGCUGGGGCCCUUCAUUCUUGGACUUUCCCUCAGCCCUUCCAGGCCUCGCCCGAGGAGGGAGUGGGGACAGCGCCCGGGUCGGCGGGGCCGGGGUGGUGGGGGCUGAGCCGGCUGUGGCUGUGAAGGCACUGCCGCGGCUGUCGGGAGGGCGGCGCGACACUCGGGCUCGGGCGGCCGGGAAGCGACGGGAUGGCUGCGGCCGGCGGCGGCGGCGGGGCGGCAGCGGCGGCGGGCCGAGCCUACUCGUUCAAGGUGGUGCUGCUGGGGGAAGGCUGCGUGGGGAAGACGUCGCUGGUGCUGCGCUACUGCGAGAACAAGUUUAACGACAAGCACAUCACCACUCUGCAGGCAUCAUUCUUAACAAAGAAGUUAAAUAUUGGUGGGAAAAGAGUAAACCUUGCCAUAUGGGAUACGGCAGGUCAAGAGAGAUUCCAUGCAUUGGGUCCAAUUUACUACAGAGAUUCAAAUGGAGCUAUUUUAGUUUAUGACAUAACAGAUGAAGAUUCUUUUCAGAAGGUAAAAAACUGGGUCAAAGAAUUACGGAAAAUGUUGGGAAAUGAAAUCUGUUUAUGUAUAGUUGGUAAUAAAAUAGACUUAGAAAAGGAGAGACAUGUUUCCAUUCAAGAAGCAGAGUCGUAUGCAGAAUCUGUGGGAGCAAAACAUUAUCAUACUUCAGCCAAACAGAACAAAGGAAUUGAGGAACUCUUUCUUGACCUUUGUAAAAGGAUGAUAGAAACAGCACAAGUGGAUGAGAGAGCAAAAGGCAAUGGCUCUAGUCAGCCGGGAACUGCAAGGCGAGGUGUACAGAUUAUUGAUGAUGAACCUCAAGCCCAGACCAGUGGUGGAGGGUGCUGUUCUUCUGGAUAACUGUUCACGCCUAAGAAAUUAAAAGACAGAACAAAACUGUGGAUCAUUGCCCUCAACAUGAAGACUGCCAUAUUCCAAGUCACAUUAUUUUACCAAUGGAAUUAUAGAAUUAACAGUAUUUUAAAUUACGUUUAUAACACUGCAGAGACCUUAAGUGCUAAACUUAGUGGAGUUUGUGACCAGAGAAUUGGCAUUUUCUACAAAUGUUAACAAAGCAAUUACCAAUGGCCUUUUUACAUAUUUUUUUCUUUAAUGAGGAAUAAUAUGCAUGUAGAAAAGACCUACUUAAAGGCUUCAUUUAUAUUCUUUCAAAUCAAAUCUUUAUUUAAUAACUUAUAUAUGUUGUUGGAAUGGUUACAUUUUUGCAGCCCUUUGUAUUUUGUGGUAGUUUGAAUUGUAUCACUUCUAAACAGCAAACUGUUUUUGUUUCUGUUUUUGUUUUUAAUUAGCAGAUAUCUGAAGUACUAUUUUUGCAGGGUUUGCACAGGCCCGUAACUGUCUACUACUUUGAUAUAAUCUGUAUACAUCCUGUAUGCUGAGCUGGUAAAAUGCAUUGUAAAUUACAUAUUAAAUAUUUUAUCUGCUUUUACAAGCGCAAGGUGCAAAAAUAUAUACAAUAGUCUCAUUGAUGACUGUAACGUGAAUUAACAUUUGGUGAUUAUGCCUAAGCUUUUUUGACUAAUAUAAAGAUCAUAGCUCCCCUUCACUUCUGUCUUAACUUGAACAUGGCGUGUUUAAAUUUUCAUACAUACUUUACUUGAAUUAUUGCUGUUGUCACAUAUUUUUGCCUCUGUGAGUUCAUCCGAUGAUUGAGCAGUAGCAUUUGCCUUUUGGGUUUUUUGUUUGUUAUUAUAGAAGAGAUGACUUCUGCUGAUUUUGCUUUAGAAUGGUUACCUUAGAAGAAUUUGGGUGGCUCAUGUUGAAUUUCACUUCUGCAAUAGCUUUAGUUUUCUCAUAGGCUUUGUAAGAGAUGGAUUCAGUGGUAUGAGCAGAGGAAGAGAUCCCAGAUAGUAGCCAGUUACCAAGACUCAUUCAUAUAGCACGUAGUUUAUGUUCCUGAGGCAGCACUUUUAGAUCCUUUGUGAGCAAGUUCUAUUUGUUCAUUGCUUGCCAGAGAUGAACACAGAAUGUUCGUUUCAUUUUAUAAGAACUAUCCUGAGUUUCUGUGGAUGGAAACAUUACAUGUAAUGCAGAUAUAGUGAACACUGGAAAGAUUUAUUAAAGAAUUAUAUUUGUGUAUACUUUAUAAAUUAGUCCCUCAUUAGAUUUUUUUUUCUUAAGCAUAUGACUGAACUUAAAUAUGUUAAUUUUAGUAGAAUCAGGCACUGCUCACAGAAGGAACGCAGAUUGUAGAAAUUAACAUAAAUUGUUCUUGUUCUAAUAUAUAUAUUUUUUCAUUUCUGUCAUGCUUGGAAAACUAGUAAAUACUAUGUCUAAGAUAAAAUGGAAUGGCCCCUGGAUUUACUUCUUAUAAGAAGCAGUAGUAUGUAAUAAAGCUGUUAGCAUGAGCAAUUAAGAGGCUGUAAAGAGAUUGUAGUUACAAAAGAAAUACUGCCAUAUAUUUAAGUUAAUAACUUAAACCUUCUCAAAUGGGUUAAAAGUUGAAUGAAUUGACACCCUGAUGUUACGAUGUUGGAAUUUUAACUUAAACUAGGAGGCAUUCUGUGAGCCUUCACUUUACCUUCUUUAAUUAUUGUCCUUGCUAAACUCAACACAGACCUUUCUGUAUGUGUUUUUGAGGAAGUUGGGGCUGGAAGCGUCAGGGAGAUAAGCCAAAAUUGUCUUCUUUUAUGGGGUAAUUGUACUCUGUAGUCUCUUGGUUUCCUGUGAAGUUAGUAUUUAUGUGGGGGUCGGGGAAGGCAGCAAGAAUCAUGGGUAUCACAGGGUACUUUGUUUUUGCCCUGCUGGCUCUUUCAGACAGAGUGAAGAAAGCUUUUCCAUUCUUACUGUUGUAGAAGUAGAUAGGAAAUAAGCUUUUCUCAUUGCAGUGAAAUAUGUUUUAAAAACUAGAGGAGCUGGGCGCAGAGGCAUGCAUUUGUAGGGCCAGCUACUUGGGAGAGUGAGACAGGAGAUCACUUGAGGCCAGGAUUUCAAAUCCAGCCUAGGUAACACAGACCUCCAUCUCUAAAAGACACAAAAACUAUUUAGAGAUGAAAUUGAGCUUUAUUUUAAAAAACAUUCUAAAGCCUGAUAAUUGGAGAGCUAUACUUCAGCUUUUCAUCCUGCUUUAAUGAAACAGCCAGAUAGGAACCUCUGCUCCAGAAUUGCCAGAUAAUUAUUGGUGGGUCAUAACUAUUCUCCAUAUUUUUUUUUCUUUUCUCUCCUUUGGUUUCUGUGUUAUCUUUCUUAACCUCACGUAUUUCUUUAUCCUUUUUAGUGGGGGCCUGUAAUUCAGGCUAAUUCAAUAGCAACAAUAGACAACAUGAUAUGGCUGCUGUCACUUUAAAACCCAAAAGGUCUUUGGGUAGGAAUAGAGUAAUGAAAGAGGACCAGUCAACUUCAGUAUAUAUACAAAGGAAAGACAGAGAUGAUAAACCAAGGCUGAGGAAAUUUUUCUGAUACUUUCUUCAUUUCUCUAAUAUAUCUUUUGCAUUCUUUUUCUGAUAAUUGUGCUAUUAGGUGGAAGACACAAGUUACCACGUUGUGUAUUAAAAGCAGUAGGUAGGUUGAGCCAGUAUUUUUUCAAGUAGUAAGCAUAUACAGCUAACUUAUAUAAUUAAAAAUUGUUUUAAGAUAGUGAUUAAAAAUACCUGAAUAUUAUGUUAAAAGUUACAAUCAUUGUUUCUGUAAUGAUGAUGGGUAUUCUGCUUCUUGUGUUUUAUUGUAAUUACAGGGGAAGAUUGUUUUUAAAAAUGUAUAUUGCCAUGCUUUUGGGGUAAAGCCGUAAUAUGAAAAGAAAAAAGCAUUAUGUUAUUGUAUGAAAUAUAAGUGUUCAGAUUUGUUUUGUUUGGGGUGUUGCCUAAGAAUACCCUAAAGCUAUGGCUGUUACUGCAUUGAAAUCUUUUUUUUUUAAUAGUAGCCAUAUGUUGUUAGUGGAGUACUUUAUAUUUGACAUUAAAGUAAAGAAGAAGAGUAGUACUUCACUUUUAGAUUUUUAGUAAUGAAAGAUAAAAUUGGAAAAAUAGGGAAAGAGCGUAGGGAGGAGUAGAAUGGAAGUCAAGUAAAUAAAAAACUACAACCUAACAGUUUUUUAAGUCACUUUGAAAAGUACAUUACUUUUAUCAAAGAGUUUCUAAUUAAGGCAAACUAUGCGUUAUGCCAAAUAUUAAGAACAUUUUAAAAAUGGAUUGUGAUACUGUUUAUUUCUUUACUUAUAUAGUUUUCAAUUUUCUGUAUUAUAAGUGCUACCAGGAUUCUAGAUAGUUGAUCUUACAUAUUCAGAUAAUAUAGUUUGCUCUUAUAAUUACCCGUUACAUUAUCUCUAAAAGUAGUUUGAUCUGUGCCUUUAACUUUUAGAAUCUACCUUUUGACUUGUUUGCUAUUGUAGAGUUUUCAGUUUUCUCUGUAGAUUCAGUGUGGCAAAGAGGGAAUACAUAAUUUGUGACCAUUUAAGAUCCUGAUGUUUUCUGGAAAAGGAUAUAGAUAGUAGUAGUGACCAGCAGGAGCCUCACAAUAAUGUCUAAAGGUAUAAAGACUGAGUAGAUCCCUAAGUACUCUUCUCUAAAUUAUAAAAUGCAUUACCUAGGCUUUAAUAGUUAAAAGCUGGGAUUCAUUGAACCGCAUCUACUUGAUUUCAUAAUAUGCAUUGAUUUUAGUAUGUUGCUGUUCUGUUAUCUGUAAUCAACUAUAACAGAGUAAUAUAUUUGGUGUUCUGGACCAAAAUUCGUGCUAUACAUAUGUCUGACUUUGAUGGCCUUUACCUUUUCAAGAAAACAGUUGCAAUUUUGAGCAAAAUUUUCCUAGUUGUAAUAUUUUAAUAGUGUCAUGUAAUGGAAAAAAUUUAGAAAUACUCCUAAGAGAGUUUCCAAUUUCAAGCAGAAAUGCUUCUCUUCUAAAUAAAUACCACUUAAUUGAUA